AUGAAGACCUUCUCCCUUUCCGCCGCCGCUGGCUCGCUCGCCGCCACGCUCCUCCUCCUCGGCUCGUCGGUAGCACCGGUUGCUGCCCAGUCCGCGGUCGCCAACGUCUCCGCCAUCCCCUCCGACGUCUCGUCCGGCUGUCAGACAUUCCUCUCCACCCUCAACUCGGACGCGCAGCUCAACGCGUGCACCAAGCCUCUCCUCACCGCUACCCAGUACUACGCGUCCAACUCAACCGAUGCUGCCUCGCAGCUCGACCCUACGCUCGCCGACCUCUGCUCGAGCAACACCGGUUGCGACGCGGACAUCAUCCGUCAGCGACUGGACCAGUUCUGGCAGGCGUGCCACACAGACCUUCAGUCCGCCAACGCCGUCGUCCAGGCCAUGUACGAUAACCUGUACAUGAUCACUCCCUUGAUCAACAGCAUCUGCAGCAAGGAUGACACCAACGAGUACUGUCUCAAGACGAUUGCCAAGGCUGCGGCGUCCUCGUCUCGCACGCCCUCGCGUAGGUCUGUUGAGGAUGACGAGGAGGAGGAGGAGGCGCCAGAAACGGUGGCUCAGCUCGACCGCAGGCAGUCGGCCGCUACCACCGGCCUUUACAACGAAACCCAAUCCACCGGCGCAGCAAACACCAACGCCGCCUUCCUCUUCAUCUCGUCCACAUCCCCCAAGAGCAUCCUCUGCUCCAAGUGCUCCCAGCAGAUCCUCGCCAGCUACAUCCGUUUCGAAACUUCGAUUCCGUACGCCAUCGGUCUGAGGACGUCGGCGAUCCUCGCACCCCAGAGCGACAUCUACAAGGCGGCCAAGACGGAUUGUGGAUUGGACUUUGUGGCGCAGGUCAACAAGAUUGCUAACACCACCCAGUUUGCUGCUGUUGUCAGUGGAGCGAGCUUUGCGGGUGCCGGGCGCGGCAUGGCUGCUCUGGCCACGCUCGCUGCAUCGGCGGUCGUUGCGCUCGUUGCUCUCUGA